GAAUUUAAAGCUUUCUUAUCUGAUGAUGUUUCUAAAUCUGAUCUUAAUCUAUCAAUAUUGUAAAAAAUGUGGGAAUUAAAAGAAUAAAAUUAUAUUCCGAAUCAUCUGAUUAUAAACACACCCUUAGAAUAACAUCAUAAGUUUUAGAAAUUAUUUAAUGUUCUUCAAAUGUUUUCUAUUUUAGAGCUGUAUUACUGCUCAUGCACACAUGCCUACACACACUUAUUGUGCCUACACAGUACACACUACAUUACACUACCCCACAGUACACUUUACUGCUCAUGCACACAUGCCUACACACACUUAUUGUGCCUACACAGUACACAUUACACUACACUACCCUACAGUACACAUUACUGCUCAUGCACACAUGCCUACACACACUUAUUGUCUCUAACAGAUCAGUGAGGUCGGUUCUUUUGUUUUUCUUUUACACUGAAGGCAUUUGGGCUUGAGAUCAACUGACAAAUGUGAAGCUUUAAUUUCCUGAUAUUUACAAACAUGGACUUUUGUUGAGCUUUAAGUAUUAGCACAAUUAGCAUUAAAGAAUAUUACUGUUAUAACUACAUCAACCCGAUGACCCACUGAGACCAAACUGCUGCAAUUUGCUGCCACCAUCACGAGCUGCAUCAUCAGUGAAGAUUAGUGAGUCUGUUUCAGAAGCAGCCAUGAAAGGACAAUGAUGUCCCCUGUGUGACACCACCACCAUAUUUCACGGAUGAACUCCGGUGUCUUGGAUCAUGAGCAGAUCUUUUCAUCAGGACCCAACUGGGAAACAACAAAAAAUGUGUUCAAAUAUUUUUACUAAUUUGGAAAAAAAGGGUUUAAACUAAUGCCAUGUUCCUAAUUUUUAAAACAUCUAGAUGUAAAUAUCAGGAAAUGAAGCUAAAAUUCUGAUCAAAAUCAUAUUCAACUUUUGAUCAUUUGAAGUCUAGUCUUUAAAGCAAAAACAAAAGAACUCGACUUUCUGUUCUAGUACUUUCAGAGGGGACUGUACACACACACACACAUAUACACACACACACACACAACACAACACACACACAUACACACACAAAGCUUUAUCUGUGUUCAGCUGUCACACAUUCCUCCCAUAGCUGCUGUUUAUUUUUAUCAGGAAGGUGGUGUUCCUCUGCUUCAUCUUGCCUGCACUGUGUAAGCAGGAGCGUUUAUUCAGGUAAUACUGUAGUGUUAGUGGUGUUUAUCACAGGGACAUUACAGUGUUCAGUACGGAGCGGUGAUCAUCGAAACAGCGUGAUGGGAAAUUAUAAAUCCAGACCUACACAGACAUGUACAGAUGAGUGGAAGAAAAAAGUGAGCGAGUCGUACUCUGUGAUUAUGGAAAAGCUGGAUGAUGAUCUGAAGAUUAAAGAUAAAGAAUAUUCUGAACUCAAACAUGUGUUCAGUUCAGAUGAAGCUUUUAACAAAGUAAAUCUGAACUACCGCUCUGAGACCGGACUGUCGCUGCUCCACCUGUGCUGCAUCUGUGCAGGAAAUAAAAGUCAUAUCCGCACUCUAUUGCUAAAAGGACUGCGAGCCUCCAGACUGAGUCGCAAUGGAUUCACAUCCCUCCAUCUCGCUGCUUAUACAGAUAAUGCUGAGCUGGUUACAGCUUUGUUGCAUGGCGGGGCAGAUGUUCAGCAGGUUGGGUACGGAGCACUUACGGCUCUGCACAUUGCUACUAUAGCAGGACAUCAUGAGGCAGUGGACAUUCUCCUGCAGCACGGUGCUUAUGUCAAUGUUCAAGACGCUGUGUUCUUCACACCUCUGCACAUUGCAGCUUAUUAUGGCCACGAGCAGGUGUGUAAGUUGUUGCUGAAAUUUGGUGCGGAUGUUAACGUUAGCGGAGAGGUGGGAGAUCGUCCACUUCACCUUGCUGCUGCUAAAGGUUUCCUGAACAUCAUCCGGUUGCUGAUGGAAGACGGAGGCCAAGUGGAUGUAAAUGCUCAGGAUAAUGAGGAUCAUGUGCCGCUGCAUUUCUGUGCACGAUUUGGCCACCAUGAGGUCGUGCAUUUCCUGCUGCAGGGAAACUUUAAUGUCCAGCCUCAUUCCAUCAACAUCUACGGAGACACACCACUACAUCUGGCAUGUUAUAGUGGGAAGCUUGAGGUGGUGAAGGAGUUGGUGCAGCUCACCGGAACAGAAAGUCUUUCCAAAGAGAACAUCUUCAGUGAGACAGCAUUUCACAGUGCCUGUACUUAUGGUAAAGACAUAGACAUGGUCAAGUUCCUGAUUAACCAGAAUGCAGUCAGCGUUAAUCAUCAGGGCCGAGAUGGACACACGGGUUUACACAGCGCCUGUUUCCAUGGACACAUCCGCCUUGUUCAGUUCCUGUUGGACUCUGGAGCUGACAUGAACCUGGUGGCGUGUGACCCGAGUCGCUCCAGUGGUGAGAAAGAUGAACAGACCUGUCUGAUGUGGGCCUACGAGAAAGGUCAUGAUGCCAUCGUCACACUGCUGAAACACUACAAACGUCCUCUAGAAGAUUCGCCCUGUAAUGAAUACUCUCAGCCAGGAGGGGAUGGAUCCUACGUUUCUGUUCCGUCUCCACUUGGGAAGAUCAAAAACAUGACAAAAGAGAAGGCUGAUGUUUUGAUCCUCAGAGCAAGUCUCCCGUCUCAUUUCCACCUGCAACUCUCAGAACUGGAGUUCCAUGAGAUCAUCGGCUCAGGCUCAUUUGGGAAAGUGUAUAGAGGAAAAUGUCGCAACAAGAUUGUAGCCAUUAAACGGUACCGGGCCAACACUUACUGCUCAAAGUCAGACACAGACAUGUUUUGCCGUGAGGUUUCCAUCUUGUGUCGCUUAAACCAUCCGUGUGUUAUUCCAUUCGUGGGGGCGUGUCUCGAUGAUCCGAGUCAGUUUGCCAUCGUCACACAGUACGUCUCUGGAGGAUCUCUGUUCUCACUGCUGCAUGAACAAAAACGGCUAAUUGACCUGCAGUCGAAACUUAUUAUCGCCAUUGAUGUGGCCAAGGGGAUGGAAUAUUUGCACAACCUGAUUCAGCCCAUCAUCCACAGAGACCUUAACAGUCACAACAUUCUGCUGUAUGAAGACGGUCAUGCUGUUGUGGCUGAUUUCGGUGAGUCACGUUUCCUGCUCUCCAUGGAUGAAGACAACAUGACAAAACAACCUGGGAACCUUCGCUGGAUGGCUCCGGAGGUUUUUACUCAGUGUACACGCUACACAGUGAAGGCCGACAUGUUCAGUUACGCUUUGUGUCUGUGGGAGCUGCUGACAGGAGAGAUCCCCUUUGCUCAUCUCAAACCAGCGGCUGCGGCAGCUGAUAUGGCAUAUCAUCACAUACGGCCUCCAAUCGGCUACUCCAUCCCUAAACUGCUGUCUGCUCUGCUCAUGAGGGGCUGGAACACCUGUCCUGAGGAGCGGCCAGAGUUCUCAGAGGUUGUAUCUAAACUAGAGGAGUGUUUGUGCAACAUUGAGCUGAUGUCUCCAGCCUCCAGUAACAGCAGUGGUUCUCUUUCUCCAUCGGUAUCUUCAGACUGUUUGUAUGGUCGCAUGAGUCCAGGUCGAAGUCAUGUAGCUGCACUGCGCUCACGCUUUGAACUGGAGUAUGCCCUAAACACUCGUACUGUGUGGAGUUCUGGACGUCGUACCUCCCAGGGUCUGUCUCUGGAUGAGCUCAGAAGAAACAUGCAGUUCCCUAUCGACAGAAAUGGUUAUGUAUCAGAUCCCAUGAGCACCAUGAGGUUCCACUCCAGCAGCAACACCAGCCUUGAGGAUACCAGCUGAUAAACAUGCACACACACACACACACACACACACACACACACACACACACACACACACACACACACACACACACACAGACACACACAGACAGACAGACAC